CUGGAGAUGGACGGACCUUGGCUUAAAAAAUCAAACAAAAACCAUGUGCCGUCUAUUAAGUUUCCCAUGAAUGAAGAAAGCAAGAAAUUUCAAUCAAUCAAUAACUAAUAAAUUAUUCUGUUUUCUUCUUCCCCCAUUCAAAUACAAAUCCGGAUUUCCAUUCAACUCUGGUUAUUCUUGGUCUCUCUCUUCGUCCACCAUCUCUCCAUCUCUUCCUCAAUCGGAGAAGAGACCAAAAGAAAAAAAACCUAGUCAAUCCCGAUUGAAAAUUCUAACUUAAAUCUCCCCAAAUCCUCAUCCAGAUCCACCAAGUAAUGAAAUUGUUGUAAAAAUUUAGAAGAAAAUGUCGUCUGAGAUUGAGGUUGUUGUCGAAGAAGAAGAGAUCGAGAAAACAACAACAAAUAAUGGGAAAAAUGAAGUGGUUUCAUCAACGGAGACUAAUAACAAGAAUGAUAAUGAUGAGAGUUUACGGAAUGAUGUGUAUACAGCAGCAGCAUAUGGUGAUAUGGAGAAGUUACAAAGAUUGGUUGAGUCUGAAGGUUGUUCAGUUUCUGAACCAGAUGGUUUAGGUUAUUAUGCUUUACAAUGGGCUUCGUUAAAUAAUCGAACUGCUGCUGCUCAGUAUAUUAUCGAGCAUGGUGGAGACGUGAAUGCAUCUGAUCAUACGGGGCAAUCAGCAUUACAUUGGAGUGCUGUGAGAGGUGCAGUUCAAGUUGCUGAGUUAUUACUUAAGGAAGGUGCUCGCGUUAAUGCCACGGAUUUAUAUGGUUAUCAGACGACUCAUGUUGCAGCACAAUAUGGUCAGACAGCGUUUCUAUAUCAUAUUGUUACCAAAUGGAAUGCGGAUCCAGAUAUGCCUGAUAAUGACGGAAGAAGUCCUCUGCACUGGGCAGCGUAUAAAGGUUUUGCUGAUUGUAUACGCCUUCUUUUAUUUCUGGAUGCAUACAGAGGACGGCAAGACAAAGAGGGUUGCACUCCUUUGCAUUGGGCUGCCAUUAGAGGGAAUCUAGAGGCAUGCACGGUGCUUGUUCAGGCAGGAAAAAAAGAGGAUUUAAUGGUGACCGACAAAACUGGCUUUACACCAGCACAACUUGCCUCUGAUAAGAACCAUCGACAAGUUGCUUUUUUUCUUGGAAAUGCAAGAAGAUUGUUCGAUAAACGAUGUGAUGGGAACACUCGCCUUGGUAAAAUAGCUAAAUUAGGGCUUGCACCUCUGUUGUGGUGUAUAAUUGCAGUGCUUCUUGUGACUUAUGAACAGUCAGUUAUCAGGGCAUCAAAUCUGCCUCAGUUAUCAUUUACAUUUGGGCUUUUUGCAUGGUUGGGAGUUUUUCUAGCAACUGGCGGAUUGCUUUUGUUCUAUAGAUGUAGCAGGAAGGAUCCAGGUUUCAUCAGAAUGAAUGUACAUGAUCCGCAGAAUGUCAAAGAUGAUGAGCCUUUAUUGAAGAUUGAGGUUAACAAUCCUGCUUUGCUGGCUGGGAAUUGGUCUCAGCUUUGUGCGACAUGCAAGAUUGUCAGGCCACUUCGCUCUAAACAUUGUUCUACAUGUGAUCGCUGUGUUGAGCAGUUUGAUCAUCACUGUCCUUGGGUAUCAAAUUGUAUUGGCAAGAAAAACAAGUGGGAUUUCUUCUUGUUUCUCAUUCUAGAAGUUUCUGCAAUGAUGGUCACUGGCACAGUCGCUUGUAUAAGAAUUUGGAGCGACCCAAUGGCUCCAUCUACUUUUGGUGCGUGGAUGAAUCAUGCUGCUAUUCGUCAUACUGGUGCUGUACUAUUUCUGGUUGUAGACUUUUUUCUCUUCUUCGGUGUUGCAGUUUUAACUGUGGUACAAGCUUCACAGAUAUCUCGUAACAUCACAACAAAUGAAAUGGCGAACGCUAUGCGUUACAGCUACCUUAGAAGUUCUACUGGUCGCUUCAGAAAUCCAUAUGAUCACGGGAUCCGAAAGAAUUGCUCUGAUUUUAUAUUUAAGGGCUACAAUGAGGAUGUGGAGCUGAUUGAAGACCAAACUGAUUCCGAGGGAAUAGUAAUGACGCCAAUGACAAGAAAUUCAACUUCGCUAAAUGGUGAGGAUAACACGUCAAACAGUCACGUAUCUGUUGACAUUGAUUCUAAGAAUACAAGACAUCAAGGACACGUGCAUUCUUCUCAGUGCAACCACAGUAACCAUAGUAGUUCCGAUCACAAAAAGAAUCAUGCGCAAGCAUCUGACAACACUCCAUUAGGAUUAGGUCUUGGUCUUGGAAGAAACCAAUCACGUUCUGUUGUAGCGCCAUAGAAGUAUGUACUGUGUAGUUAAUUGUUGUGUUCCUUUUCAUUUUUGUAGUUCUUUUGUUUAUAAGCAUACAUCUUAUAGCUUGUUCCAAAUAGGUUAUAUCAUUAUUUGCAGGUUAUGCAGUUUCACUCAUAGAACUUGGCCGACUGUUUCAGUGGUCUUUCAAAUUUGUUAUUGUAUAAUUAUAAUUUUUAAGGUCGGGUGAGGUGUAUGGUGAUGGAUUUUGUUGGCUGUAAUCCAAGCUCAAUUUUCUUGGGGUA